AAAAUGUUUUUAAUUGGGCAACAAAUCUUAAUUGUACACAAGAAGCAUUUUAUUUACUUAAUUCAAAUCCAGGUGAUAUUGAUAUUCUUGCAAGAGAUAAAUCAGGUUCAUGUUCUUUACAUUAUGCUGUUGAACAUGGAAAUGAAAUUCUUGUUCAUGCUAUUGUUAAUUAUCUUGUACGUUAUCGAUUAAGAUUUGAUAUAAAAGAUGGUCAUAAUAAUACUCCAGAAGAUAUAGCAAAAAAGUUAGGCUAUACUAAAAUAGGUAAUUUUCUUACUCAAGCAUGUCGAUCAACGGUAUUUAUGUCAAGAGAAAUACCAUUUCAAAAAUUACGACCACAAACAAAUAAAUCAAAACGAACAAUAAAGACAACUAUUAGUACAAUAAUAAGUUCAUCGGAAUCAUCAUCAUUUUUUUUAGAUUCAUCCGAAAAUUUUAAUAUAAUAGAAGCAAAAAUCAAUGCAGCAAAACAAUUAGACGAUUGGAAAACAGUUGCAACAUUACGAACUUCAAAAAAAAAUUCAAAUAACAUAAUGAAACCUAUUCCUGAAAUCAAUAAAAGUACAUCAUCUAUUCCUUCUCUUCCAAAACUUCCACUAAUUAAUAAUACUAAACAAUCUUUUAGUCAAGCAGAACAAAUGUUACGUUUAAUGGAACUACAAAUAUCACCAUCAUAUAGACAACCAUUUAUACCAAUUUAUCGACGUUCAAUCAAUAUUAAUACUGUCUUACAACGAGCAGGAUUUGGAUCACGUAAAAUGUCACAUGCAUCAUCACAUAGAAGAUCAUCAAUAUUAAGUCUUCGUAAAAGAGAUUCUGAAGUUAGUCAAAUAAGAAUCGCUCAGCAAUCUCCAGUUUUUAUCGAUGAAUGGUUAGAGCUCAUCAUACCACAAGAUAGUGAUCAUCGUAAGAAAAUGUAUUUUACGGAUAACGGAUAUUCAAAAUUCAUUCGAAUUAUUGUAGCACAAAAAGCAGCUCAAGAAUUAGGUAAUUUACGAAAUGUUAUUUUUCAAGAUGAUGAAGAUCAUAAGUAA